AUGGCACAGGACUCAGGUAGACCGCUUGAAGAGCUGCCCGUCGAGCUCCUUCAAGCGAUCCUCGCUGCCGCGCCAGACAUCAAAACCCUGGAGGUCGCCGUCAUGACCGGACCAUGCCUGUAUAACGCCUUCAAAGGAGCAGAAGAGUUUAUCGUGCGGUCAGUCGUGCUACGCCAAUUCGAUGAUGAUCUGCUGCAUGAUGUCUUAGCAACUCACGCAUCCAGCAAAAUUCAGGACUGGUCCAUCGACCAAGCCGAAAAGUUCUUGACGCCAUACUUUGCCCGCGACCAACACCAUUUCGUCGACUCUAUGGAAUGGAAACUUUCUCAGGCUCGCUCGAUAGACCAAUUUGAUGAGACCGUGCAGUACCUUGCCGACAGACUAGCGACAAAAGCAUUGUCUAACCACACCGUCUGGAGUGGCAUACUGUCCUGGGUUGUUCCACCAACCAAGUUGGAGAGAAACCGGAUUAGUCGCAGUCUGUAUCGAUUCGAAACAUUUUGCAAUCUGUACCCGUCCUGGAAAUAUGCACUGAGAUCUGACACCGGCAAACUGUAUAUCGAUCAUUUUGCACCAUGGGAGAAUGAACAAUUAGUCUGCGUUUCCGAGUGCUUAUAUAAACAAUUCAUCCUCCGAGAGGCAUAUAUAGAGUGUCACUUGUUUCGCGGCCUUACUCAUAUUCGACGGUUCGCGCUGGAGAAGGACACAGACUUACAACAAAUUGCGCAAGUCGUACGUGAAGAACCAGUCGAUGGUAUGGGUGUCCACUCUUUCAUCAAAGAUAUGACUCGUUUGCUCGGGCGGGAGGAAACGCCUGAUCUCGGUGAUUUUAAUCCCGAGGACGAAGAAAAGUACAUCCCUCGGCCAUGGUUCCGUGACCCAGACAGUGGGCCUGAAGAUAUAUGGCGAUGGGCCAAUCAAUGGAACCAGCGGAAACACUUUUUUGCUGCUCGCAGUGCGCAAAGCUUGCGGUCGUGGUUAUUUGUGAUGUGGGAUCGAUGGCGCAUUGACGAGAUGCGUGUUUUGAAUAAAUCGCGGCCGUGGUCUUAUGGUGAUCGGUAG